GAUGCGGAAGUGUUGCCUUGGCAACGCGUGGCCUAAGGACGGGAUUUUGGGGGGGGGGGACGCGCUGGAGGGUAUCGGGAGGUGCGAGGUGUGCGGGGCCGUGGGGCGGAUCCGCUGCGGCCGCUGCCGCGUCACGUUCUACUGCGAUGUGGAUCACCAGCAGGCUGACUGGGGCAGCAUCCACGAGCAGAUCUGCCCCCUCCUGGUUCCGAUCCGAACUCCCCUCCCCUUCCUCCCUUCCGAGGAGGAGAGGAAGCGUGGAGCAGAGCAGCUGGAGGAGAGGAAGAAGCAGCUCACAUCCCUGGCUCAGAGCCGAUCCCAGGAGUUGGUUCUGGAUGGGAAGGCAGCAGAAGCGAUUCCCGCAGCCCUGCAUGCCCUGCGCUUCAGCACCGAGCUCUACGGCCCCGACUCGGUGCAGCUGGUGCCUGCUUAUCUCGUCCUGGCUCUGGCCUCCACUGGUAUUGGCCAUCUGCAGGAAGCAUCCAAGUAUCUCUCCCAGGCUGAGUGGAUUGUCCUGAAAACCCCAGACUGCAGCAUUGCUGUUCAGUCCAAGUUACAGCGUGGGCUGGGGCUUCUCUGUGUUGCAAAAGGAAACUUUGAGCAGGCUUUGUAUCACCUGGCUAAUGAUAUUUAUCUUGCUAGUUCUGCAUUUGGACUAAAAUCUACUGAAAUCUCUGGAGGGUAUUUCCACAUGGCCAAUAUUUUCCUUCACCAGGACAAGAUGGACAUAGCAAACUCCCUCUAUGCUGAGGUGACCAGCAUCUGGCAUGCCUUUCUCCUGAAGUCAGUCCAAGCUCAGGAGCAGAUUCUCAAGUCACAACCGGAAAUGUCUCUGCUCAGCCAGGAGAGGGAAGGCAGCGAGGGAAGGAUGACUAGAGCCCAGAAAGCAGAAGCAUUCCAGGUGCUGAGUGCAGUGCUGGACAUCAGAGAGCAGACUCUAAAGCAACAACCUGAGGAAACAGCCCGAGUCCUGCACACCCUUGCCAUGCUGCAUUACCUGAACAUGGAUUUUCCCAGGGCUCACAAGGUGGGGCUGAAAGCCCUCGACCUGCUGAAACAGCUUCCCCAACAAGAGUCUCUGGAAACCAUUGAUCAUUUGUUAAAGCUGAUAAACUCCAGCACAAAAUAAAGAAUUUGCAGCCA